GGAUCCAGGUGCGCCACGACCAGGAGAGCGGUUUCAUGCACCACAAGUUCGCGAUCGUGGACAGGAGGAUGCUCAUCACGGGCUCCCUCAACUGGACCACCGAUGCUAUCCAGAACAACCGGGAGAACGUGCUGGUUGUGGAGGACGCCGAGUACGUGAAACAGUUUCUGGAGGAGUUUGAGAGGAUUUGGGAAGAGUACAACCCCACCAACUACAGAUUUUUUUCUAAGGACAGUAAAUGA